CGCAGCUGCAAUAACACGUCGACAUGGAGAAAAUAAACAGAAAAGUAGCACCGUCGUUGUUGACGCCAGAAGCAGUCGUCUGAAUGUCAGUCUAGCGCGACUUUACGUGCUGUUUAUCGACAAAAAGCACAUUUUAUUGAAAAUACGUCGAUUCGGGUGAAACUAAUGGUUGUGGCGACAUGGACAGUGACCUGAGUCCACAGGAUAAAAAAGACCUGGACAAGUUCAUUAAAUUCUUUGCUCUGAAGACUGUCCAGGUGAUAGUCCAAGCCCGCCUUGGAGAGAAGAUUUGCACUCGGUCCUCUUCCUCUCCCACUGGUUCUGAUUGGUUUAAUCUAGCCAUCAAGGACAUCCCAGAGGUGAGUCAUGAAGCGAAGAAGGCUCUGGCCGGCCAGCUCCCGGGCAUCGGGCGCUCCAUGUGUGUGGAGAUCUCCCUGAAGACGUCAGAGGGUGACUCGAUGGAAUUAGAGACUUGGUGCCUGGAGAUGAAUGAAAAGUGUGAUAAAGACAUAAAGGUGUCGUACACGGUCUACAACCGUCUGUCGGUCCUCCUGAAGUCUCUGAUGGCCAUCACCAGAGUGACACCUGCUUACAAACUCUCCAGGAAGCAGGGACAUGACUACGUCAUAUUAUACAGGAUCUACUUCGGGGAGGUCCAGCUGAGUGGAUUAGGAGAAGGUUUCCAGACGGUGCGCGUCGGGGUGGUGGGCACCCCCGUGGGGACGGUCACCCUCUCCUGCGCUUACCGCACCAACCUGGCCUUCAUGUCAAACAGGCAGUUUGACCGCUCGGCCCCCAUCAUGGGCAUCAUCGUGGACCACUUUGUGGACCCCCCCUGCAGCAGCCAGCGCCCCGCAGUCAUGGGGCAGCCCUGCAACUACAGGGCUCCCGAUGAGGAGGACGGGGGCGCCUUCGCAGGAGUUCAGGACUCCCAGGAGGUCUGCACCACCUCCUUCUCCACCUCCCCGCCCUCCCAGUGUGUCUGUACACUGAGCCCCUCCCCUUCUAAAAUGUCCAAGCCCCUCCCUCUGGACAGUCUGCAGCUGCCGUUGGCUCCUGGACUUGUCGCUCACAAUAUGUGCGCCUCCAGGUUAUCGUACCAGCCCAGUGCCGCCGAGGUCUAUCCCGCCGCGGCGAACGCCAACCAGCUGUUGCAUGCUGGGAAAGAAGGCGGAGUGGUGGUGGUUCCCUGUCAGCCUCAUGGCGUGGACGCCCACCUGACCGUGGAGCCGCCCCUCAACACCCCCGGCAGCAGCGGUGAUGACGAGGGUCUGUCGCGGAGCGGCGAAGAGCGAAGGGAGGAAGGGCGCAGCGUCUCCCCGUCCGACCCGGUGGAGUCUCUCAACGCCUUCACCCGGAAGGUUGGCGCUUUCGUAAACAAACCCAGCACACAGAUAACGGCGGCCAACCUGGACCUGCCGUUCGCCGCUUUCGCCGCUCGGGGGCUGGACUCGGAGGGGAGCGAUCCCAUGGUUCAGCCUCCGGAGUCCCCCCCCAGCCAGUCGCCCCUGCAGGCCAGCCUCCACUCGCAGGGCUCGGAGGGAUCCGGGCCGCAGGACGACUUUGUCAUGGUCGACUUUCGUCCGGCCUUCUCCAAGGACGACCUGCUGCCGAUGGACCUGGGCACGUUCUACAGAGAGUUCCAGAACCCGCCUCAGCUGACCAGCCUGUCGCUGCACAUCAGCUCCCAGUCCAUGGCCGACGACCUGGACUCGCUCCCGGAGAAGCUGCGCGUCUACGAGAAGAACAUCGACGAGUUCGAUGCGUUUGUGGACAUGCUGCAGUAGGAAGAACACUAGAAGAAGCCGGUUGGUCUCUAUUGAGGAGAACUCAGAGUAAAUCCUGCUUCUCCCCGUCUUCCCCCUCUGUAAAUACCCGUUCCACACGAACGUCUGAUAGUCGUAGACAGAGCACACUUCUGCUGGGGUGGGCUCCUCCUCCCAGCUGGUCUGGGACUCCGCCCCCUUCCUUCCACCUUAGCUUCCAGCCUCAGAGGACUCUUGGAGCUGGAGCUCCAACCUCCUGCAGCGGAAACACCAGCCUCCUGCUGAUCUGGUGACUCUCAUGGCUGUCGAAAAGCUUUAAGUUAAUGUGUUGGUGUCUAAAUAAAGCAUGGCUGCUCCCGCUCA